UCGAAGAGCUAACCGCGGUUAGCGUUGGCCAAAGUCCCUAGUAGGUACCGAAAGUACCUAGUUGUACCUACGUUGUACCUACUACGAAACUUUAAUGGCUGGACAUAAAACAAAUCCGUCCUUUAUUAUUGGGCUGGAGCCUGCGCCACCUUGUGCUGAAAAAAAUAAAUCGUUAUUUUUUUAUGAUACAACGUUUGCUUUAUGGGAACCGUUUUCGGCUAAAUCUAGUUGUAACUUGCAAGAAACGUUUGCUCAAUUGAAAAGAAAAAGGAUAGUUUCUUUUUUGCAUCGAAAUUCUUUCUUUCGAAGUGUGGAAGCGUAGACAAGACACCUAGUCAAAGUGCUUUGCAGUUUUCUGUUGUCGUGUUUUGCAAAAAGCAAGUGCGUCGACCGUCGCUUCCAAGUCUGGCAACGCCGUGUGUGCCGUGUCGCGUGCACGGCGUUUGUUUAUACAACCAGUUUCGCCUCGUUGCACGCAACGCGCGUUUCUCGUUUUCGGUUAUCAUCUGAGUUUUCCUGUCUGUAUUCUGCCCUUCGACCGACCGACCCACCGACAAACCCUCCGACCGGCCACGGACUGACUGAUAAGAUUUGCGGACCGAUUUCCGACUUUGCUACCGGGCAGAAUGUCCAACGCAAGGAAUCGCCGACACAGAAGAGACCGCACGGACGCGCAGUACGCAGCGGCAAUGAUGAGGCGACAGCGUGUGCUGCGGGACCGCCUGAACCCCUUUGAGGAUUUCGACGAGGAUGGGCUGCAGCAACGGUUCCGAUUUGGAAGAGCGGGCAUAAUGUUUCUCGCCGACACACUGCGUCCGGACUUGGAGCGCCGUACACGUCGUAGCCGCGCCCUCUCUGCGGAGCAGCAAGUGAUCAUCGCCUUGCAGUUCUACGCAACUGGGAACUUUCUGAUCACUGCAGGCGACUACAUCCGCGUGCAUGUGUCAAGUGCUUCACGGGCUGUGAGGCAAGUCACCGUAGCGCUGGCUCGUCGAGCACAAGACUUCAUACGAUGGCCUGACGCUGCGGAGGGGGCAGCCUUGCAGCACAAGUUCUACGACAUGGCCGGCUUUCCUUUGGUCGUGGGUGCUGUUGACGGUACCCAUGUCCGGAUCCAGGCACCCCAUGUGCACGAGGAGGCGUACGUCAACCGCCAUGGAUACCAUUCCAUCAACGUACAGGUGGUCGUUGACGCCUCUUCUCGGAUUCGCAACGUGGUUGCAAGGUGGCCUGGAAGCACCCACGACUCUCGGAUCUUCACGGAGAGCACCUUGGCAGUCAAGCUGGCCAGUGGAGAGUACGACGGCCUGCUGCUUGGUGACAGCGGCUACUCCUGUCAACCUUGGCUGAUGACGCCAUUCCUGUCGCCGUCAUCAGCAGCCGAGGUCGCAUACAAUACGGCACACACGACGACAAGAAGCAUUGUUGAACGGACAAUCGGCCAACUCAAGCGGAGGUUCCAUUGCCUUCACGCUGAGCUCCGAAUGGCUCCAGAACGGUGCUGCGACAUCAUUGUCGCGUGCUGUGCCCUCCACAGCCUGGCCAAGAGGUACCCCUGCAGGACACCCGUGGCCGCCAUCCCCGCUGAGGUUCCCGUUGAGCCCGUAGCAGCCAACCGUGCUGAGAGCAACGAGGCCCGAGACUUUAUUGUCAACCAUUUCUUCGGCUAAGUAUCCUGCUGUCGCUCGGCCCUUCUCUGGUACUGCUGUGCAGCCUCACGGGUCCAGCGCUGGUUGUGCUGCACAACAGGAGAGGCCAGUGUUCUCUGUGCUGCGUCGUCUUCAACUGUACUGCUGCCAGAUGACGAGGGUGGCGGCGUCGUCACCCUUCCCGUGCAGCUGCUGUAGUGACACGCAUGACCAGGAAAUUGUUUGAGGUUAAAGGGAUACUACAACAAAAUUUCGGGUUUCAUUUUUUGGUCUAUAUGUGUUCGAAGGAGCAGUAUCA